GCAUCUAACAGUCAUCUCCUGUACCAGUGCUAACUGCAGUUGUCCUGAAAAAAUGUCCAUCAGGGGACUGAAGAAGAAGCAACCUAAGACUUUUAAAGUGAAAGUUAUAACAAUGGAUGCUGAAAUGGAGUUCAGCUGUGAGAUGAAGUGGAAGGGAAAGGACUUGUUCGACUUGGUGUGCCGAGCAUUAGGACUAAGGGAAACUUGGUUUUUUGGCUUGCAAUACACAAUAAAAGGAAUGUACACCUGGUUAAAGAUGGAUAAAAAGGUUUUGGAUCAAGAAAUCCCCAAAGAAGACCCUGUUAGCUUUCGGUUUUUGGCUAAAUUUUAUCCAGAGAAAGUGGAAGAGGAACUAUUACAGGAAAUUACCCAGCAUCUAUUCUUCUUGCAGGUUAAGAAACAGAUAUUGGAUGAAGAAAUCUACUGCUCUCCAGAGGCUACAGUUUUAUUGGCUUCUUAUGCUGUGCAGGCUAAGUAUGGUGACUAUGACCCGAAUUUUCAUGAGCCAGGCUUUCUUGCCCAAGAAGAGCUGUUACCCAAAAGAGUCCUCAGGCAGUAUCAGAUGACAGCAGACAUGUGGGAAGAAAAGAUAUCAGCUUGGUAUGCAGAGCACAGGGGUAUUGCCAGGGAUGAAGCAAAGAUGAACUAUUUGAAAAUUGCUCAGGACUUGGAGAUGUACGGUGUCAAUUACUUUCCUAUUGCUCAAAAUAAGAGUGACACAGAUCUCCUACUUGGAGUUGAUGCUAAAGGUAUUCACGUCUACAGCAUAAAUAACAGGUUCUCUCCAAAUAAGUCUUUUGAAUGGAGUGGUAUCAGAAACAUUUCCUAUAGUGAGAAAGAGCUAACUAUUAAACCUCUUGAUAAAAAAGCAGAAGUUUUCAAAUUCUUUUCCUCGCAGCUCAAAGUGAACAAACUGAUUUUACAGUUGUGCAUUGGAAACCAUGACUUGUUCAUGAGAAGGAGAAAAGUAGACUCCAUCGAGAUCCAGCAAAUGAAAGCUCAGGCCAGGGAGGAAAAGGCUAGAAAAAAAAUGGAGACUCAAAGGCUGGCCAGGGAGAAGCAGCUCAGAGAAGAAGCAGAGCGAGCCAAAGAAGAGCUGGAAAGGCGCCUCUUCCAGAUGGAAGAUGAAGCCAGGCAAGCCAACGAGGCACUGCUCCGGUCCCAGGAAACAGCAGAGCUGCUGGCUGAGAAAGCUCAGAUUGCAGAAGAAGAGGCCAAACUGCUGGCCCAGAAUGCUGCAGAAGCUGAGCAAGAGAGGCAGAGAUUGGAGAUCACAGCACUGAAAACCAAGGAGGAGAAGCGUCUGAUGGAGCAGAAGAUGCGGGAGACAGAGCUGAUUGCAGUAAAACUGGUGAAAGAGUCGGAUCGAAGAGCCAAAGAAGCUGAACAUCUAAAACAGGAUCUGCAUGAAGCCAGGGAAGCUGAACGAAAAGCAAAGCAGAAACUUCUGGAUGUAACUAAGCUUAAUUAUCUUCAUGUGGCCCGGUAUCCUCAUCAUUCACCUGCUGACACCAGAGAUGUCAACUUUGACAAAGGAUCUGUAAAGAUGGAUUUAAAAGACGUAGAUCUGAAGAGACUGUCCUUUGAGAUAGAAAGAGAGAGGUUAGAUUACUUGGAAAAGAGCAAAAAAUUUGAAGAUCGAUUGAAAGAGCUGAAGUCAGAAAUCCAUGCACUGAAACUAGAGGAAAAACAAAAUGGGCUCUACUCUCACUGGAAUGAAGUUCUUGGAUCCUUGGAUCGUUCAAUAGGAAAUGCUCCCUCAUGGAUGAAAACCUUUGGAGCUGGAGACUUGUUGGAUUUAAAUCUUCGAAAGCCCUUCCCAGCUUAUCCAUUAAAUGCCACAAGCAGCUGGCCAUGUACCAACAAGAAUCAACAUACAGUGCCAGUGGAAAAGUCAACUUUUCAAACAAAUACCUUGGUUGCCAGCAAUGUGGGGACAGGAACUAGAAAACAGAUUAUAAAGGUUCAGCAGCAAGACUCGGACGUGAUCUACAUUUGA